AUGGAUUUUCUGUGGAUUCAAGGCAACCAGGAGAGCACUGGAUCCUUGACAGGGGUCCAGGACAAGGAAAGAGGGGGUAGACGUCAGCAGCGUGGAUACGAACCCCUUCCGCCCAACCCGUGGAACCUUUGCUUUCAUCACCUACCUACGCUACUCGGUACAUUUUGCUUACCUUGGCAGUUCACUUCUGAAAGCUCCUAUCCUAUUCAAGACCUACGCCGCAGAUACUCGACCGCCUUCUCUCCGCCUCUGAGAAAGCAGCCAUACCCAGCCAGAACGGACACGGCAACGUCUAGUGCGCCCUCCCCCAGUUGCUCGGGAGACACGCCGUUGGAAGUCUUCACCCGUUCCCAGCAGCGCGGUAGCGACCUUAUCCAUUGCCGACAGGCAACGGAACCAGUCAGUAAACCAACCCUCUUGGCGCAAACCAGGCUUUUGGCCAAUACUUAG